CUUAAAGAUCUCAAGGUGCUGAGAUGGAGUACUAAAGACAUGAACUAUUCUAGUGAAUGAAAAAAAUAUAUAUUUAUUUACAUAUCUACUAUACAAAUAUAAAGAGUGAAAAUGAAGGUCCCUGUGUUUGAGGAUGUAAAAGAUGAAACAGAUGAGGAGAAAGCAGGGGAAGAAGAAAAUGAAGGCAAGGUUUUUCUUAAACCUGUUAUUGAAGACCUAAGCAUGGAAUUGGCCAGAAAAUGCACUGAACUUAUUAGCGAUUUCCAUUAUAAGGAAGAGUAUCAAAGGUCUAAGGACAAGUGUACGUUUGUGCCUGAUACUCCAAUGCUAAACCAUGUAAAAAAUGUUGGUGCUUUCAUUUCUGAGGCAAAGUACAAAGGUGCAUCCAAGGCAGAUCUCUCAAAUUCUCUAUAUAAGCAAAUGCCAGCCACGAUUGACAGUGUCUUCGCAAAAGAAGUUACUCAGCUUCAAAGUGAGGUUGCUUACAAGCAGAAGCAUGAUGCGGCCAAAGGAUUUUCAGAUUAUGCACACAUGAAGGAGCCGCCUGAACUAAAACAUGCCAUGGAGGUCAUGAAACACCAGAGUAAUAUUUCUUACAGGAAAGAUGUGCAGGAUACUCACUUGUAUAAUGCAGAGCUCGACAGACCAGACAUCAAGAAGGCAACACAGAUCUCCAAGAUCAUAAGCAAUGCAGAAUACAAGAAAGGAAAAGGAGUAAUGAAUAAAGAGCCUGCUGUAAUUGGAAGACCAGACUUUGAACAUGCUGUGGAAGCUUCUAAACUUUCUAGUCAAAUUAAAUAUAAAGAAAAAUUUGACAAUGAAAUGAAGCAACAUCAUUAUAAUCCCCUUGAAAGUGCUACUUUCAGACAAAGUCAACUUGCGACUAUCCUGGCAAGUAAUGUGAAGUACAAGAAAGACAUGGAAACUAUGCAUGAUCCGGUUUCAGGUCUCCCAAAUUUGGUUUUAGAACAUGCGCUGAAAACCAGCAAAAUGCUCAGCGGACAUGAGUAUAAAAAGGGUUUCGAGGAAAACAGAGGAAUGUACCAUUUUGCUGCGGAUGCUGCGGAACACCUGCACCAUAAGGAAAAUGCCACCCUCCAGAGCCAGGUUAAAUAUAAAGAAGAAUAUGAGAAAAAUAAGGGGAAGUCAAUGCUUGAGUUUGUGGAGACACCAUCAUACCAAACUUCAAAGGAGGCUCAGAAGAUGCAGAGUGAGAAAGUUUACAGAGAGGAUUAUGAGAAGGAGAUUAAAGGAAGGCCAGCACUGGAUUUAGACAAGACCCCGGAAUUUUUACAUGUGAAAUAUGUCACCAACCUUAUGAAGGAGAAAGAAUAUAAAAAAGACCUUGAAAAUGAAAUAAAAGGAAAAGGAAUGGACCUUAGUUCAGAUGUUCUUGAUAUUCAAAGAGCAAAACGUGCAUCAGAAAUGGUUAGUGAGAAAGACUAUAAAAGAGAUCUAGAAACUGAAAUAAAAGGGCGAGGCAUGCAGGUGAGCAUGGACACUCUUGAUAUCCAGAGAGCUAAAAAGGCAUCUGAAAUCGCCAGCCAGAAAGAAUAUAAGAAAGAUUUAGAAAAUGAAAUUAAAGGAAAAGGAAUGCAAGUGAGCAUGGAUAUCCCAGACAUGCUUCGAGCCAAGAGAGCAUCUGAAAUCUACAGCCAGAGAAAGUAUAAAGAUGAAGCAGAGAAAAUGCUCUCUAACUAUUCCACUGUGGUAGAUACUCCAGAAAUUCAGAGAAUUAAGACAACCCAACAAAACAUUAGUGCUGUAUUUUAUAAGAAAGAAAUAGGAGCUGGCACAUCCGUAAAAGAUACUCCAGAGAUUGAACGAGUGAAGAAAAAUCAGCAGAAUAUUAGUUCACUGCAAUAUAAAGAGCAGAACUACAAGGCAACUCCAGUCAGCAGCACCCCAGAGAUAGAGAGAGUGAGGAGAAACCAGGAGCAGCUGAGCAUGGUCAAAUACAAAGGAGAGAUGAAACAGGCAACAACCAUAUCUGACCCCCCGGAGCUGAAGAGAGUGAAGGAGAACCAGAAGAACAUCAGCAAUGUUUGUUAUAAAGGUCAACUGGGAAGAGCUACAGCUUUAAGCGUGACUCCUGAAAUGGAAAGGGUAAAGAAGAAUCAAGAAAAUAUUAGUUCGGUAAAAUAUACCCAGGAUCAUAAACAGAUGAAAGGCAGACCAAGUAUGAUUAUAGAUACACCUGGUCUGAGACAUGUCAAAGAAGCACAAAAUCAUAUUUCAAUGGUAAAAUAUCAUGAAGAUUUUGAAAAGACCAAGGGAAGGGGCUUUACUCCUGUUGUGGAUGACCCUGUGACCGAGCGGGUGAGGAAGAACACCCAGGUGGUCAGUGAUGCGGCCUACAAAGGGGUCCAUCCGCACAUCGUGGAGAUGGACAGGAGGCCUGGAAUCAUUGUGGCACCUGUUCUGCCUGGAGCCUACCAGCAAAGCCAUUCCCAAGGCUAUGGGUACAUGCACCAGACCAGCCUGUCAUCCAUGAGGUCAAUGCAGCAUUCACCAAAUCUACGGACCUACCGAGCCAUGUAUGAUUACAGUGCCCAGGACGAAGAUGAAGUGUCCUUCAGGGAUGGCGACUACAUUGUCAAUGUGCAGCCCAUCGACGAUGGAUGGAUGUAUGGCACCGUGCAAAGGACGGGGAAGACGGGCAUGCUGCCAGCCAAUUAUAUUGAGUUUGUUAAUUAAUCCCUCCUCUUUGCCCUUUGAGCUUUAACCUAAUGUAUACUAAACAGGAUCUUUUUAAAAGGUAGAAGAUACUUUUAAGGCAACUGAACUGUUGUUUUACAAUAAUCUGUUUCUUCCUUUGACAAUUAGACACACAGGUACCAGGAAGAAGGAAUGACUUCUGGGCUGAAAACAGCAGCAUUUUCAGUAACUCCUAUAAAAUUUCUGUUUUGGUCUGGAGACUUGGUGCUGCUAAUUGUAUUUAAUGGUUUCCUUGAAUAGGCUAUCAAACCCUUUUGGAAAUGUGUGGUUAUAGACUUUGAGAUAGGUUGUUGACUGCCCCUAAAUAUAACAAGUAUACAAAACUUCGUAGAUGUCACUUUGGAAUCACCAGAAGCCAAUUCUCUUAAUUCAGUAACACAGCCAACAAUUUGAAAACUGUUUAGAUUUUGAGUCUUAAACUGAUUUCUAAUUCAAGUGAAAAUUGCCUAAUGUAACAUACAUAAGCAAUGGCAGAAUGACAGUUGGUGAAACUUAUAUGGACUGGUAGUCUAGGGGACUUAGAAACAAACAAAGAAAACUUCCUUGUUUCCUUGGCCAACCUUGGUCUAUUUAUAUCUCAUUUGUACCAAUGCAAUCCUACUCUCUUUUGAUAUUCUGUGGGCCCAAAUCUCUGCUUAGAAUUUGGCCCACAGAAUGUCAGAACUGAAUAACAUCACAGCUACUCUGCAAAGGGCAAAUUUUAAGGUCACCUAUCCAAUUUCUCUAAUAGGCUUUACCGUGUUGCAUGUCAUGUAGGUUCAAGAUUCUAUAAUACAUUCCUGUUAUUCAAGCAAAAAGUAUGGCUGAUAUCUAAAACACUUUUCCUCUUAUGCCAGCUCAUCAGGAAAAAAUAUUUUGAAAAGUUGCUUGAGAUUUUUCUGCUAGUUGCAUUCUAGUUUUGAAGGAUGUACACCUUAGAUAUUAGAUAUAUAGUCUAGUACAUAAGUGGUUUAGGUACUUCUCGAACAACUUUCGUUAACUUAAUGCUCCUAUUGAUUUUAAAGUAAACAAAACUUAACAGGAGCCAGUAUGUUGCGGGAGGCUGGGGAGGGUAUGGAAGAAAAAGUGUGCUGCAGAAAACUACUGAAAGCUACUCCACCAAGAGAGAUCUGACUUUUUGUUUUGGAAAAUGGUAUUCAAAUUCUGGAAUGGAAAGGUAGCCACUGAGACUAGUUAACGAAAAGACUUCCUUUUCACUUUCAAUUUUUUUUCCUCUGACUUAGAAUCACAGAAUGUUAAGAUAGGAAUGUACACAGAGAUGUCUCAACUCAGAUCCAACAGGCUGUCCGUGAAAAUAGAACUGAUGGCAUAUUGUGAUUUUGACCUUAGCCCUUAGUGACUGAGAUUUUUACACACUGUCAAGAUCACCAGAGAGAUUAACACCCAUCUGCAACUAUGUUUUCCUGAUGCGUCAUUUAUUGGAACUGCAAUAGGAUAGCAUUCUUCUAGGCUUCUGAUGUUGUUCUGAUGAAGCUGGGGAAAGUUACAAAAAUAUAAUUAAAAAAACUCUUGACCUAGAGAGAUAGUACACGGGUUAAGGGUGUUUGCCUUGCGUGUGGCUUCCCUUGGUUUGAAUCCACAGCACCAAAUAUGGUCCCUCGAAUACUGCCAGGAGUGAUCCCAGAGCACUGCUGGGUGUGAUUCCUCACCCUCCCCAAAUCACUCUUGGGAUAGCUUCCUUAUGUAUUCUAUUCAAGGAAAUGAACCAUAUUUCCUAUAAAAUAAGUUUAUUAAAUUAGUCAUACAAGCAAUAUUUGUUGACAUUUUUGAAAACUUAAUACAUACUUUUUAGAAACUCUGCAGUUUCAUUUUCAUCUGGCCAAAAAUUUUAAAAAGGCUUUAUUGAACCUGAGCUGUAUCUACAUGACACCAACAUAAAUCUAAAGAGAUAAAAGUUCAGGUAAAUACUGAAGAGAUUUUGGAAGGUUUUUUUUUUUUAAUAGAUUACCAAAGAAUUAGUUUGACCAAUUUUCUGCCAUUGAAAGGACCAGUCAUAAUUAAAUCAUCAAUCCCACAUUAUUUAUGGUGGCUUUUACAAAAACCUACAAUGAAAAACUGAAGAGUCAAUAUUUUUGCACUAAAAUUUCUGUGCACUAAAAUUGAAGCUGACUCAAUUUUAUUGUACCAUUAAAUAAGUAUUUACAUAUCACCCAGACAGAGAACAUUUUGAGAUAAUAUAAAAAAAGUAAUUGUUAAUGAAGUUUUCAGACUGAAUGUAGGACAGGUACAAUUUUUGACAAAUAACACAUUUAUAGGAUUCUCAAAGGAAAUUGACUUGAAAUUAUGAUUAUAAACCUGGAAAGUUACCACGUUUCAUUGCUUUCCUAAUCUACUGAUUUUUAAAAGCCAAUUCACUGGAUGUAAAAGUCAAUAUACAUUUGAAGGAAUAAUUCUUCACAAAUUUUAAGCUUCACCUGAUGUUUACAUAGCAAGAAGUUUCUGCUUACAGUCUUUCAGAACUCAGAUCUCAUCAGAAUUUAAUUAGAGGGCAGUUAUUUUUGCAAUUAAGAGUGAGGAGAAUAUACUCCUGAGGCUAUAAUUUGAUAGUGUUGUCCUUGUUACAAAAGCCCACCAGGGUAUUAGUAAGCUUCUCAGUAGGAAAACAGAAAACAUGGAAUACCAAAGUGCUACUUCUACAGCAUCAUUUUUAAAAAGUGUUUUCUUGGACAACCUUGUUUCUUCCCACUUUCCUCCUUCCUAGCUUCAGUUUGACAAAUGGGUAUCUCGUAUGAAUAACGUUGACAGUGAAGGAAUAAUUUUAAAAGCAAGCCUUUUCAAUGAAGUCAAAGAAGUCUGUGCAAAAACAGUGAAGAAAACAUUCAGCCGAUUUUCCCCCCCAUUGAAUGUGUUCUCAAGUCUAACAGAAGCACAAGGAGCAAUUUGAUAGGCUUUUAAAGGGUUCAGCCAACAGGAGUUAGGUGACUCAGCCCUCUUGAGGAAAGUUUUGCCACACAAUAUAUUAUUGCUUUUGUUGUCGGCUUUUGUAGUCAACGUUUUUACUAAUUCCUGUUCGCAAGGAAAGCUUUCUAUUUCUAACCUGCAGCAAAGUGAAUUUUUUCCUGUCUCCUCAUUAGGGUUUACACACUCACAGCAUAGUGCAGUUUGAAAUACUCAUUUUUCACCUUCAGAUCUCUCUAUACGGUCCCUGCAUCUUCCCUGGCCUCUGCCACUCGUGGAGACCACAUGGGAAUUUGCAAGCACAAUUUCCAGUAACACUGUAGGAACACAGAUGAGUUUGGCCCAACCCCUCAUCUUCCACGAAGUACAAUGCUUGAGAGUCAUGAAGAUGCAGCUUUGCCUGUUACUAGUCUUUCCUUGUCCUCUCAUUGAUGAGCUUGACAACGUUCUGGGGCUCAGAAAAUAGACUGCUGUAAAACAGGCCACGGAAAUCGAAGAGGUCUCUUUUCUUUUCAGGUUCCUCUAUCUCGCAUGGAAUGUUUUUAAUGAAAAGCAAAAGAACAUAUUGUGUGAAUCUUUACAAACAUAUCUCUAUAUAAAGUGGAUAUAGUUUAUACCAAAUUGAAAGUUUAGGUAUUUACAAAAACAGGUGCCUUUUUGAUUAUCCUUGUAAUCCACUAUGGUCUUGGGAAGAAAACCAAGCAAGCAAGUUUUUGCCUAUUCUAGAAUAAUAUUUUAUUAUACAUGAUUGGUAUUUUUGUGGUGGGGAAGUAAGAUGCUCCUGACACAUAUGAAAUGUGGUAGCUGAUUGUAUUUAGAUUUCAGACUUUAGAAAAAACUCACUUCUGUUUUUCUUUUUUCUUUUCCCUGAAGAUGACUAAUUUACCUGAUUGUACUAACUUUGUGGAUUUAUAGAUAGUUGAGAUACAUAAACAUUAACUUUAGGUUUGGGAUUUAAAAUACUUAUUGUAAGAUAGAAGAGUUAUAUUAUGAGGCUAAAUACAUUUUACAAGGUGAGAUUCACUUCAUAAAUUCCUUAUACUUUCGCGAUUUGCCUCUGAUAGUCUAAAAGUGUCUAGAGUGUGAUUAUUUGGGAUAAUGUGACAUUGGGGUAAAGAAGCUUUAGUUAAGUUAGAUGUUCUGUAAGUUAAGCUAAGAAUGCUAAGAUGAAAGUCUCUUUCUGAAGUAUUCCAUGCCCAUAAGUGUCCUUUCCAGACAAUGAAUUGUCAACUCUUGAUGAUGCAAAAAUCAAGAUAUUGGAUGAUGCUUUUGUGGCAUCCAUUCCUUGAUGCUUACAUUGCAGGAAUUUAAAGGCCUGGAAAGGUCUCCUGGGCAAAUAUCCUUCCCAAUAGUCCCUAUUACUUCAGUAUAUUCAUGGAAACUCCAUACGCUUUUUGUGUUUGAUAUCUUGUAUCCAGUUUGCAUAGUGUAUACUUUGUAAUCAAGUUUCUGUUAAGAAUGAUUUAUUUUAAAAGAAAAGAGAAAACUGCAUCCAAGUUCCAUUCUUCAGUUUCUGUACAAUGAAUGUGGGGGCAUUUAGUAGCAGCCCCAAGUAGGUUGUAGGCAUUAUGUGAAAUUGUUGUUAUAGGAGACCCCUGAAAAAAUACAUAGAAAUAUAGUAUUGUUUAACUUUUAUUUGCUUUAAAAUAUGUCAAAUUAUAAUUGAUGACUAAUUUACCUGAUUGUACUAACUUUGAGAGGUUACUGUUAAAUGAGACAAUGUUUCUAAAACACAGGGGCAUACUGAAUGAAAAAACGUUAUUAAUACAAUUUGGCUUUUGUUAUGCAAAUUGUUAACACCAGCUAUUAAAUCUAUUUUAGUAGAAAUGCUUUAAUUCAUGUUCUUUUCCUCUACACUGUGAAUCUUUAAGCCUUGGUGGACGAGAGCAACGUUGUGCUACCCAAAGGACCUACCUAUGCAAACUAAUUCCCAUUUGAGUGGCUGUCACAGUAAAUGUAUAAUAAGACCUUAUCUCCCCCUGCAUAGUGUGCAGUGGCAUUGGAAUCACACUUUAAAGCCUAGCACCAUCUAUGUAUAGUAGAGUCGCUCACAACCCUUCAAGGCUACCAUAAUCUCUAGUAUUGGUAUUUGUUGAAGAGCAAAUUGCUAAUUUACUAUUAAAACUACUUGAAUGGUAUCAGAACCAGAAUGACAGAUGAAUGCGUUGGCCAUGGCUUCAAUGUGGUCACUGCAAGUGUUUGCCUAUGAUAGACCUGUGUUCUCAGAUGCACUCUCUUCAGGGUAUUAUUAUUCUGUGUCAUUUUUCUGUAUUUGUAAAACAUGAUCAUGCUUUACUUUCUUAUCUCUACACAUUUGGUUUGCUGAAAUAAAUGCAGGAUAAAACAAAA